UUCAAAACAACACGUGCAACGGACAGCGCUUCGGUUUUUAUUACUUUUGAGGGGUUUUCUAAGAGAAAUAAACCAAGAAGAUGCUGGAGGAGAUGAAUAAAAUGAAGACCACUCCGGUGCUGAGCAAUUCCCGGCCGGAGUUCAAGCAGAUACCCAAGAAACUGAGCAGGCACCUGGCCAACCUGGGAGCACCCCAUGUGGACUCCUUCGACGAGAUGUUGACCGUGGGCCUGGACAACGUGGCCAAGCACAUGAUUCCCAUCCACUGGCAGAGUCCGGCCGGCGAGAAGAUCUCCCUGAAGGUGGAGUCCAUUUGGAUAUCAAAGCCACAGGUGCCGCAGGAUGUGAUCGAUGUGCGCACCCGGGAGAUCUACCCCACGGACUCCAGGCAGCUGCACGUCUCCUACUCGGGCAUGUGCUCGGCCAGGCUGGGCUGGAGUGUCAACGGAGUGGCCAAGGCGCCGAUAAACGCGGAUCUGGGCGAACUGCCCAUCAUGCUGCGCUCCAAGGCCUGCAAUCUGGGCCAGGCCUCGCCGGCGGAGAUGGUGAAGCACGGCGAGCACGACAGCGAGUGGGGCGGGAUCUUUGUGAUCCGGGGAAACGAGAAGAUCGUGCGCAUGCUGAUCAUGACGCGGCGCAACCAUCCCAUCUGCAUAAAGCGCUCCUCCUGGAAGGAUCGUGGCCAGAACUUCAGCGACAUCGGUGUGCUGGUGCAGACAGUGCGCGAGGACGAGUCCUCGCAGAGCAACGUGGUCCACUAUCUGAACAAUGGCACUGCCAAGUUCAUGUUCUCCCAUGUGAAGAGAUUAUCCUACGUGCCAGUUUGCCUGAUCCUCAAGUGCCUGAUGAACUAUACGGAUGAGGAGAUCUACAACAGGCUGGUGCAGGGCUAUGAAUCGGAUCAGUACUACAUAUCCUGCGUGCAGAGCAUGUUGCGGGAGGUCCAGAGCGAGAAUGUCUACACACACGCCCAGUGCAGGAGCUUCAUUGGCAACCUGUUCCGCUCCCGCUUCCCAGAAGUCCCCCAAUGGCAACCGGACGAGGAUGUCACGGACUUUAUACUCAGGGAGCGUGUGAUGAUUCACCUGGACACGUACGAGGCCAAGUUCCAGCUGAUUGUGUUCAUGGUGCAGAAGCUAUUCCAGUGCGCCCAGGGCAAACACAGAGUGGAGAACGUGGACUCGGCGAUGAUGCAGGAGGUGCUGCUGCCGGGGCAUCUCUACCAGAAAUAUCUGGGCGAACGCGUCGAGUCCUGGGUGCUGCAGGUGCGCCGCUGCCUCCAAAAGAAGCUGACCACCGCGGAUGCCCUGCUGACCAGCGCCGUGAUGACGCAGUGUAUGAAGCAGGCGGGCGGCGUGGGUCGCUCCAUGGAGUCCUUCCUGGCCACCGGCAACAUAGCCAGUCGCACUGGCCUGGGACUGAUGCAGAGCAGUGGCCUGGUCAUCAUGGCGGAGAACAUCAACCGGAUGCGCUACAUGUCCCACUUCCGGGCCAUCCAUCGUGGCUCCUACUUCACAACGAUGAGAACCACGGAGGCGCGACAGCUGCUCCCCGAUGCCUGGGGCUUCAUUUGCCCCGUGCACACGCCCGAUGGAACGCCCUGCGGCCUGCUCAAUCACCUGACACUCACCUGCGAGAUUUCCAAGCGUCCGGAUCCCAAGUUGGUGGCGGCCAUUCCCGCCCAGCUGAUAGAGAUGGGCAUGAUGCCCCUGUCCAACCGCAGUGAUCCGGCCGACAAGCUCUAUGUGGUCUUUCUGGACGGCAAGCACCUGGGCCACAUCCUCCAGUCGGAUGCCACGAAUAUAGUCGACGAUCUGCGGCAUGGAAAGAUAUUCGGCAGCCUGCCGCAGAUGAUGGAGAUAGGCUUCAUUCCCUUCAAGAAGAACGGUCAGUUUCCGGGACUCUAUUUGGCAACAGGACCCGCGAGGAUGAUGCGGCCCGUUUGGAACCUGAAGUGGAAGCGGGUGGAGUACAUUGGAACACUCGAACAGCUGUACAUGGAGAUUGCCAUCGAUGCCAAGGAGAUGUACCCCGAUUUCACCACGCAUCUGGAGCUGGCUAAGACGCACUUCAUGAGCAACCUGGCCAACCUGAUACCCAUGCCGGACUACAAUCAGUCGCCGCGUAACAUGUACCAGUGUCAGAUGGGCAAGCAGACGAUGGGAACGCCCUGCCUGAAUUGGCCCAAGCAGGCGGCCAACAAGUUGUACCGCCUCCAGACGCCGGGAACGCCGCUCUUCCGACCAGUUCACUACGACAACAUUCAGCUGGAUGACUUUGCCAUGGGCACGAAUGCCAUAGUGGCGGUCAUUUCCUACACGGGCUACGACAUGGAGGACGCCAUGAUCAUCAACAAGGCCGCGUAUGAGAGGGGAUUCGCCUACGGAAGCAUCUACAAAACAAAGUUCUUGACGCUCGACAAGAAGAGCAGCUACUUUGCCAGGCAUCCGCACAUGCCGGAGCUGGUGAAAUACCUGGACACAGAUGGCCUGCCGCAUCCCGGCUCCAAACUGAGCUUUGGCCAGCCGUUGUACUGCUACUUUGACGGCGAAGUGGCCACCUAUAAGGUGGUGAAGAUGGACGAGAAGGAGGAUUGCAUGGUGGAGAGCGUGCGACAGCUGGGCAGCUUUGAUCUGUCGCCCAAGAAGACGGUGGCCAUCACGUUGAGGGUUCCCCGACCCGCCACCAUUGGCGACAAGUUUGCAUCGCGAGCGGGACAGAAGGGCAUCUGCUCACAGAAAUAUCCCGCCGAGGAUCUGCCCUUCACGGAAUCGGGUUUGAUCCCGGACAUCGUCUUCAACCCGCACGGCUUCCCCUCGCGUAUGACCAUCGCCAUGAUGAUCGAGACGAUGGCGGGCAAGGGAGCAGCCAUACACGGGGAUGUCUACGAUGCGACGCCCUUCCGCUUCUCCGAGGAGCACACGGCGAUCGAUUACUUUGGCAAGGUGCUCGAGGCGGGAGGCUACAACUACUACGGAACGGAGCGGCUGUAUUCUGGGGUUGAUGGCCGCGAGAUGACGGCGGAUAUAUUCUUUGGGGUGGUCCACUACCAGCGGCUGCGGCACAUGGUCUUCGACAAGUGGCAGGUGAGAUCCACGGGAGCCGUGGAGGCACGCACCCAUCAGCCGAUCAAGGGCAGGAAGCGGGGAGGCGGCGUGCGAUUCGGAGAGAUGGAGCGCGACGCCCUGAUCUCCCACGGAGCCGCCUUCCUGCUGCAGGAUCGCCUGUUCCACAACUCGGACAAGACGCACACGCUGGUGUGCCACAAAUGCGGCUCCAUUCUGGCGCCGCUGCAGCAGAUCGUCAGCCGCAACGAGGCGGGAUCGCUGUCCUCCAAGCCGGACACGUGUCGCCUGUGCGGCGACAGCAGUUCCGUGUCCAUGAUCGAGAUUCCCUUCUCCUUCAAGUUCCUGGUGACCGAGCUGAGUUCGGUGAACAUCAAUGCCAGGUUCAAACUGAACGAGAUUUGAUUGUUAGACCUUAUUUUAUGCCUUGUACUAUUCCUAAUAAAGUUGAUUCUGUAAAAA